GAUGCCACAGCAAUCCCGCUUCUCAAACAUGAGUUCCCCGGAUAAUCAGAUGGAGCAGCCAAAGCAAAAUGAUGAGCUGAGGAUUGUUCUGGUUGGGAAGACUGGAGUUGGGAUGAGUGCAACAGGAAACACCAUCCUGGGAGCAAACGCUUUUAUGUCUAAGGUAUCUUCUUCCUCUGUGACAUCGGCGUGUGAAAAACACAAAAGGAAGGUGGAUGGUCAAAUGGUUGCUGUCAUUGACACACCAGGCUUGUACGACACCAAAUCUACCCAAGAGGAGAUCAUUAACGAGAUCAAAAUGUGCAUCUCUUUCUCUGCUCCUGGUCCCCAUGCGUUCCUGAUUGUGAUCCAGCUGGGUAGAUACACAGACGAGGAGAAAGACACAGUGAACCUCCUCCAGCAGAUCUUUGGCAAAGAGGCUGAAAAGUACACCAUAGUGGUUUUCACUCGUGCAGAUGAUCUACAGGGAGAAAGUAUUGAAUCAUUCAUGAUGGCACGUGACGCCAGUGAAGAUUUAAAAACCUUGGUCUUUGAAUCAUGCCACGGGAGAUAUCAUGCCUUCAACAACAGAGACCUCAAUAAUCGCUCUCAGGUCUCUAAGCUGCUUGAGAAGAUCAACAACAUGACCAUAACGGAUGGAAGACAGCACCACUACACCAAUAAAAUGUUCCAAGAGGCUGAUAGAGCGAUUGAGGAGGAGAAAGAUAGGAUUCUGAAAGAGAACGCAGAGCAGACAAGGAGUGAAAUGGAAGCACUGGAAAGUAAAUAUGAAGGAAUCGCUCUGGAGGAAGCGAAGAAGAACCUGAUGCAAGAAAAGGAGAGAGAAGCAAGAGAUAAAGCUGAAAGAAGAAAUAGAUUUUUGAAAACAGCUGGCUUCACUCUUGCUGGAGUGACAAUUGUUGGAGCGUCUGUUGUUGCCCUCAUGAUAGGGUCCUGCAAAAUACAAUGACAGACAAAAGUUUUAAGCUGAUGUUUUAAAAAAUAAAAACAUUUUAGGCACUGGGGCUGAGCUACAGUUCAUCCUAGGCUAUUUAGCUAAACGUUAACAUAAUAUCAUACUUUAUAUAUUGUUCAGAUUUU